AUGGCUCAGAAGGAAGAGGUCCCUGAGGCUGCAGCGCAGGCCUCCCAGAAUGGAGAAGAUCUGGAGAACCUGGAAGACCCUGAGAAACUGAAGGAGCUCAUCGACCUGCCGCCCUUCGAGAUCGUCACUGGGGAGCGGCUGCCUGUCAACUUCUUUAAAUUUCAGUUCCGGAAUGUGGAGUACAGUUCCGGGCGGAACAAGACCUUCCUCUGCUAUGUGGUUGAAGCACAGAGCAAGGGAGGCCAAGUGCAGGCGACCCGGGGCUACCUGGAGGAUGAGCACGCAGGGGCCCACGCCGAGGAGGCUUUCUUUAACACCAUCCUGCCGGCCUUCGACCCGGCCCUCAAGUACAAUGUCACCUGGUAUGUGUCCUCCAGCCCCUGUGCAGCCUGUGCCGACCGAAUUCUCAAAACCCUCAGCAAGGCCAAGAACCUGCGCCUGCUCAUCCUGGUGGGCCGGCUCUUCAUGUGGGAGGAGCCAGAGGUCCAAGCUGCUCUGAAAAAGCUGAAGGAGGCCGGCUGCAAGCUGCGCAUCAUGAAACCUCAGGACUUCGAGUACAUCUGGCAGAAUUUUGUGGAGCAAGAAGAGGGUGAAUCCAAGGCCUUUGAGCCCUGGGAGGACAUUCAGGAGAACUUCCUAUAUUAUGAGGAGAAGUUGGCAGAUAUCCUGAAGUAG